UUUUGUGGCCAUAUUGGAAAACACUUCUGCAUUGAAGGGUCCUUAUAAGGCACCUAAAACGUCUGAGCUGGGAGUCUUUUUAAUUCGAUUAGGCUCUCACAAUUUGUUUGACCCACUUCUUAUCGAAUUGAACUUCAGUAGUAUAAUUUAAUAUUCCGUAAACAUGGGCAGGAGCAGGAGCAGAACUCCACCAAGACGAGAGAGGAGACGAUCCCGCUCCACCUCCCGGGAGCGUGACCGCAGGAGAAGAGAGAGAGAUCGCUCUCGUUCUCGAGACAGGGACAGAGACAGACGCCGAAGUCGCUCACGGUCCCCUCACAAGAGACGUUCAAGGUCUCCUGCAAGACGUCAUCGCUCCACCUCCCUCUCUCCAGUAAGACAGAAAGACAAACGUGAUGAUGACCGUAAAGAGUCAAAAGACAAACAUGCAAAGACAGUGCAAAUUUCAGCUGAAGACAUGGCAGGCAAAACAGAGGAGGAAAUUGCGAUGAUGAAACUAAUGGGAUUCGGUUCUUUUGACACCACAAAGGGCAAGAAAACUGAUGGUUCAGUGAAUGCAUACGCAGUCAAUGUGACGAUGAAGAGAAAAUACAGGCAAUACAUGAACAGAAAAGGUGGAUUCAACAGACCGUUGGACUUCAUUGCGUGAAACAAUAUAACACUGAAGUAUUUCCUCCCUCACAGUUGGUCCUGGUAAUCCUUCUAGUGUGUUUUUUUUUUUUUUCCCUCUUCAUAUUUACAUUUUUACA